GUACAUAGCCACCACUCAGUUCCAGCCUACAGACGCCAGGAAGGCCUUUCCGUGUUUUGAUGAGCCUGGGAUCAAAGCCAGAUUCGACAUCGUAUUGGUCAGACAAAAUCCUAUGGUAUCACUUUCAAAUAUGCCAAUUAUCCGCACUGACACUAGAGAUGGUGGUUGGUUAGCGGACGUUUUUGAAACAACACCUGCCAUGUCGACCUAUCUCCUGGCCUUUAUCGUAUCCGACUUCGAGAAAACCAGUAAUAUGACGAAAAACAACAUACUGUACGGAACCUACUCCAGACCGGAGGCCAUCAACCAGACAUAUUAUGCUCUUAAAACAGGCACAGAAAUAUUAACAUAUUUUGAGGAUUAUUUUAACAUUUCGUUUCCACUUCCUAAACAAGACAUGGUUGCUCUCCCCGACUUUGCUGCCGGCGCCAUGGAGAACUGGGGUCUGAUAACGUACCGAGAAACAGCCAUGUUGUAUGAUCCUCUGGAGUCUUCCGAGGUUAACAAACAAAGAGUAGCUGUAGUUGUCUCCCAUGAGCUGGCUCACCAGUGGUUCGGAAAUCUCGUGACUCCGUCUUGGUGGGACGAUCUCUGGCUAAACGAAGGCUUCGCGAGCUUUGUGGAGUACAUGGGCGUGGACUACGUACAUCCGGACUGGAAAAUGUUUGAUCAGUUUGUCGUGGAGGAUAUACAAAGCGUUUUCAAUUUUGAUGGACUUGUGACGUCACAUCCAGUUUAUGUUCCCGUGUCUCACCCUGAUGAAAUCAAUGAAAUAUUUGACCGGAUAUCGUACGGAAAGGGGGCGUCUAUCAUACGAAUGAUGCGGUUCUUCCUGGGAGAGGACACCUUUAAGCGUGGACUGACG